GCUGGGUGUGGCCAGUGGUCCAGAUGGUCAGUAUCUGAUGGCCAAAGUGUCUUUGCGGGGAAGAGUUAAAGGCCCACUCUUCUCUGUGCCGGCCAGCCCAGAGGGCUGAGGGUGGAGAACGCCGGGAGACCACAACACAGUCGCCUGAGCUCUGAGCUGAGAGGGAAGGUUCCGGCUGUUCCUCCGCUGUCAGCGCCACCAAGCUCCCAGCUUCACUUCCUCCUGCAGCCCCCUCCGCCCAGAGUCUGGGGAUCCCAGCAGCUGGCCUGCCACCGGCCGCCCCGCCUUGCCCUCUGCCUGCAGGGCCCUAAUCAGAACUUUGUGGACGUGGGGCCCGGAGAAAGAGCAGACCCCUGACAUCGCCAUCUCCACAGAGGUCCCAGGUGGACCGGGCAGCCUCUCUCCUCCCCUUAGGAUGACCUCGCCUUCCAGCCCCCCAGCUUUCAGGCUGGAGACAUCAGAUGGAGGCCAAGAAGGUGGCACUGAGGGGGUCAAAGGAAAGCAUGGCCUGCCCCCCAUGGAGUCACCAUUCCAGGGUGAGGACCGGAACUCCUCCCCUCAGAUCAGAGUGAACCUCAACUACUGGAAGAGAGCUGAUGCCAGCCAGCCGGACCCAGACCGCUUUGACCGUGACCGCCUCUUCAGUGCAGUCUCCCGGGGAGUUCCUGAGGAUCUGGCUGGGCUGCCAGAGUAUCUGCGCCGGACCAGCAAGUACCUCACCGACUCAGAGUACACAGAGGGCUCCACGGGCAAAACGUGCCUGAUGAAGGCUGUGCUGAACCUUCAGAACGGGGUCAACACCUGCAUCCUGCCACUGCUGCAGAUCGACCGAGACUCUGGCAAUCCCCAGCCACUGGUCAACGCCCAGUGUACAGAUGAGUACUACCGAGGUCACAGCGCCCUGCACAUUGCCAUUGAGAAGAGGAGCCUGCAAUGUGUGAAGCUUCUGGUGGAGAAUGGGGCCAACGUGCAUGCCCGGGCUUGUGGCCACUUCUUCCAGAAGAGGCAAGGAACUUGCUUCUAUUUUGGCGAGCUGCCCCUCUCUCUGGCUGCAUGCACCAAGCAGUGGGAUGUGGUGAGCUACCUCCUGGAGAACCCGUACCAGCCCGCCAGCCUGCAGGCUGCUGACUCCUUGGGCAACACUGUUCUGCAUGCCCUGGUGAUGAUCGCAGACAACUCUGAAGAGAACAGCAAACUGGUGAUCCGCAUGUACGAUGCGGUCCUCAAGGCAGGAGCCCGCCUCUGCCCCACUGUGCAGCUUGAGAACAUUCAAAACCUGCAGGGUCUCACGCCCUUGAAGCUGGCUGCCAAGGAGGGCAAAAUUGAGGUGAGCCACCGUUCCCCUUCCCUUCCUCACCUCUCCAGACAGCAGCUCUCCUCUUUCCCCCAGCACCGACAUCGAAUGGUAGUUUUGGAGCCACUGAACAAACUGCUGCAGGCGAAAUGGGAUCAGUUUAUCUCCAAGUUCUUCUUCAACUUCCUGUGUUAUCUGAUCUACAUGCUCAUUUUCACUGCUGUUGCCUACCACCAGCCAGCCCUGGACCAGCAGGCCUUCUCAUGGCUGGAUUCAUCACCCGGAAUGUGGCUUCUGCUGGGCCACAUCUUCAUCCUUCUUGGGGGGAUCUACCUCCUCCUUGUCCAGCUGUGGUGCUUCUGGCGGCGCCGCCUGUUCAUCUGGAUCUCAUUCAUGGACAGCUACUUUGAAAUCCUCUUCCUGGCCCAGGCCCUGCUCACAGUGCUAUCCCAGGUCUUGCGUUUCUCGUCCAUUGAGUGGUACCUGCCCCUGCUUGUGUCCUCACUGGUGCUGGGCUGGCUGAACCUGCUUUACUACACACGAGGCUUCCAGUACACGGGCAUCUACAGUGUCAUGAUCCAGAAGGUUAUCCUGCGGGACCUACUCCGCUUCCUGCUGGUCUACUUAGUCUUCCUUUUUGGCUUCGCUAUUGCCCUGGUGAGCCUGAGCCGGGAGUCCCGGGGCCCCAAAGUCCCUGCAAGCGUCAAUGCCACAGAGGUUGCUCAGGCUGGGAUAGGACAGGAGGACGAGGUGGCCCCGUACAGGACCAUCCUAGAUGCCUCAUUGGAGCUCUUCAAAUUCACCAUCGGCAUGGGCGAGCUGGCCUUCCAGGACCAGCUGCGCUUCCGCGGGGUGGUGUUGUUGCUGCUGCUGGCCUACGUUAUGCUCACCUACGUCCUGCUGCUCAACAUGCUUAUCGCCCUCAUGAGUGAGACAGUCAACAGUGUUGCCACCGACAGCUGGAGCAUUUGGAAGCUACAGGUGCCAGAG